AUGGAGACAAGAUAUUUAAUUCCUCCAAAAUUAAACAAUUCCAAUCUUGGAGAUAAAAUUGUAGGUUAUCGCCCUUGUCGGCAUGGACCCCCUCGAAUGGAAAUUGAAAAGAAAAAUUAUAAGGGUAAAAUAAAAAUAAUUGGGCAUAAUUAUGGGCAUGCUGGGAGUGCUUCGGAUCGAGAAAAUGUUAAGUGUAAGUACAAAAAGUUCAAUUUGGACUUUUAAUUGAAAAUAUUGAAGAAAGUGAAGGAGAUAAGGGAAUA